AGUGCUGCUUCACAACUUGGGGGAUCUUUGUCCCAUCUGUGCCACUUUCCGCUCUGUCUCCUCCAUCGCUCCACCUUUCCAUUCACCUUGCAAACUUUUCCCCGCUCGCUUUCAAUCCUCCAUUUCUGUCCUUCCCAAAUUCAGUUUUUCCUCAGACAGGCUCGCCUCCAUCGUCAGCUCUGCCUUCCUCGCACCUCUGUUCGCCGCUCAUUACUGCACCUGCCCUCUCCUCUCUGUCCAUUUACACCUCUCCAUACUUCUGCUUUUAACCCGAGGGCACCCAGAAGGCUGAAAGUCUCACAUAAACCCAUACUGUACGUUCGCUCACUUCCUCUAUACCUCUCACAAUCCGUCCUCAGCACUUUUCCUCUCACCAACUACCCUUCCCGUCCUGCCACGAUGUUCUCCACCGAGGAGCCCUGGAACUCCACCGAGCAGGUCUGGAUCAACGGCUCCGAGGCAAACUUCUCUCUGGGAAGACGCAGGGACGGUGAGGAGGACGAAGGAGAGCAGCACCCCUUCCUCACGGACGCCUGGCUGGUCCCCCUCUUCUUUGCCCUCAUCAUGCUGGUCGGACUGGUGGGCAACUCUCUGGUUAUUUAUGUCAUUUCCAAACACAGGCAGAUGAGGACGGCAACCAACUUCUACAUCGCAAACCUGGCUGCCACUGACAUCAUCUUCUUGGUGUGCUGCGUCCCCUUCACUGCCACCCUCUAUCCUCUCCCUGGAUGGAUCUUUGGCAACUUCAUGUGCAAGUUUGUUGCCUUUCUUCAGCAGGUGACAGUCCAAGCCACCUGUAUCACUCUGACAGCCAUGAGUGGCGAUCGCUGUUACGUCACGGUCUACCCUCUGAAAUCUCUCCGCCACCGCACCCCGAGAGUCGCCAUGAUCGUCAGCGUCUGCAUUUGGAUUGGCUCCUUCAUCCUGUCCACCCCGAUUUUAAUGUACCAGCGUAUAGAGGAGGGUUACUGGUACGGCCCCAGGCAGUACUGCAUGGAGAGAUUCCCCUCUAAGACACAUGAGAGGGCUUUCAUCCUCUACCAGUUCAUUGCUGCCUACCUGCUGCCUGUCCUCACUAUUUCCUUCUGCUACACUCUGAUGGUGAAGAGGGUGGGCCAGCCCACUGUGGAACCUGUAGAUAACAACUAUCAGGUCAACCUCCUGUCUGAGAGAACAAUCAGUAUCAGGAGCAAAGUGUCCAAGAUGGUGGUGGUAAUCGUCCUCCUGUUCGCCAUCUGCUGGGGUCCCAUCCAGAUCUUUGUCCUCUUCCAGUCUUUCUAUCCAAACUACCGGCCCAACUACGCCACAUACAAGAUCAAGACGUGGGCCAACUGCAUGUCCUACGCCAACUCUUCGGUCAACCCCAUAGUUUAUGGUUUCAUGGGAGCCACCUUUCAAAAGUCCUUCAGGAAAACCUUCCCAUUCCUGUUCAAGCACAAGGUCAGAGAUAGCAGCAUGGCUUCGAGGACUGCCAACGCUGAGAUCAAGUUUGUCGCUGCAGAGGAAGGCAACAAUAAUAAUGCCUUGAAUUGAAUCUGACAAUUAAAAAUGGAAAGAAUGAGAUUAUUGUUUGCACCCAAGGCAAUCGCUGAGGGAAGAAAUUAAAAUGAUGAACAUUUCCCUGCCCUGGGUUCAUUGUGUGAAAGUCUUAAUAGAGCAACUAAAUGAAUUCAAAAGGACAGACUGUCUGUUUGGCAGACACGUUUAUGUCAAUGAACACAACUAAUUAAUGAAUUGAUGUGGGCAAACACAGACUCAAAAUACGGAUGGACACAAACAGUGUUUGGCACAGUCUGUUACCUACUCCACAGCCAAGGCUGGGCGGCGUUGGCACAUGCUGUAAUGUCAUCCGUCGAGGUGCCAAACAGAAAUAACAGAAGACGGCCGAGCACAGCUGAUGACGAAAGAGGAAGAUUUUGCAUGAAAGCUGCAGGUGUGAGUCCUGAUCCCUGUCAGAUCAUGGCUGACAAGGCUGGCAGCUUUGGUAGAAACCAGUCAGCAUUUGGACAACUACCACAGAUACCAUGUAUUCUAAAACACACGAGAAUAUGGUAUUUUUGGAGUGACUGAAGGCUGAAUGUGCAGUUUGAAUGGACAAUUGAUGCCUAUGGUUCAUUUGUGUGGCUGACAUUUGUUCCUAUCACUGGAGAGAAAGAGAAUAAUUCAACUAGCGAUACUUUCUGUGUUUGUUGUGGGAAGCAGCUGACGCGAUUUCCCUUUUUAAAGGAUAGUUUUACUUUUUGGUUUGACAUAUGCCUUUUGUGCUUUUCUGCAGAGAGUAAUAUGAGACCUGACUGCUGUCAUGUCUGACAUGAACCUGAUUAGCUUAGCUUGGCAUGAAGACUUAUAGCAGGGCUAGCCAAACAGCUAGCAAAAAAAAAAAAAAAAAAUACAACAGCACCUUUAAAACUAAAA